CUGAGUGGGCUGCUGUCAGCGCCGCAGUCAUGUCUGCUUGCAACACCUUCACUGAACACGUGUGGAAACCUGGCGAGUGCAAGAACUGUUUCAAGCCAAAGAGUCUGCACUGCCUACCCGAGGGGAGUUUGUGCAUGAAUUCCCCAGAAACCCCCACCAACCAGUACAGCCACACCGUCACAGAAGGUAGAACUAACAUUAACCAGAAAAGCCACUUAUUCACGGGGGGUGUGACUAGCAUUAACGUCAAUCUCGCUAAUAACACCCAGAGAGGUGGCAGCAACCCUCGUUCGAGCCAGUUUCGCCCUCCUGUGGCAAAGAAGCCCACCAUAGCGGUAAAGCCUACUAUGAUGCUGCCAUGCUCUGGAGUAGGCCCAGACAUAGAGGACAACCCUCAAAGGCUUUUAGAAGUGGAGGAGGCUGGAAAAGAUUCAGCUUUCACUCUUUGGAAUCACAAUGGCCUAAGCCGCAAGCGGCUUGCAGAACCGAACAACAACGAGAGAGGCGAUGAAAGAGGAGGGAUAAAGAGUUAUUUGCCAUACUGUCCUCCCAGUAGUAAUGACAACAAUGGCUUUACAGAUGUGCUAAAGGAGAUAGUGGGUCUAGACGCAGGCCUGAACUCCAGCAAGGAUGACUUUCUUGGACGGAUCAGCUGCUCAUACAGGCGCUCAUUAGAAAGAGGGCUGCCUGCAUCCAGCUGCCUGGCUAUGGGCCGGAUCAGUGAAGGUAGUGGAGCAGCUAAACAUGUCUCUCUGAGCGAUAGCGCGGAGGUUAUCAGUUCAGAAGGGGGGCGUUUCUGCUACCCUGAAUUCUCUAGCAACGGAGAAGAGGAUGAGGAAGAUGAUGAAGCGAGUGAGGAAGAUGACGAGCAUGAGAGCUGGGAUGAGAGUGAUGAAGAGCUUUUGGCUAUGGAGAUCAGGAUGCGAGGUCAGCCACGGUUUGCCAAUUUCCGUGCUGCAACUUUGUCCCCUGUCCCGUUUGCAGCCAGUAAGAAGUGGAACACUGUUCCUCUGCGGAACUGCUCCUUGCAGAGGAUCUGUGCAGUGGACUAUGAUGACAGUUAUGACGAGAUUCUAAACGGCUAUCCUUCUAUGGACUCCAAUGGCGCACCCAACCUGCUCCCAUAUAGCACCGACCUCCAGGGCAGUGGCUUCUUGUCUAAUUCUGAGUCUGUUACUUCACCAGAAUCCUCUUCUUCUCUGCCUGAGGAUUCUUGCACUUCCAGCAGUGGCAGCAGUGUUCCCUUUAGCCAGCGGAAUGGUCUACUCCCUCUUCACUUGAGCAGAGAGUCUGCUAUGCAGAAAGACCCAGCAAGCCAAGCACAACAUUUGCCUAAAGCGAAUGAGACUCACAAAGCAGUUCUGGCCAUCCGGCUACAAGAACAGGAUACAAAUCAGAGAGAUGGUGGGGCUCUUCCACAAGCACUCCCUGGCCAGCCAAUCACAAUCAGCUUCAGCCCUACAGAAGAGCAGCCCAAGCCAUACAGAGUCGUGAGUCUGGAGAAGACCCCUAUUUGUAAACCAUACACUGUGGUUGAUGUGUCAGCCUCUAUGGCUAGUACUGAGGAACGAGCUGCAGAGAGCACUGCCAAGCCCAAAGAUCCAAACAUUCCAUUGAGUCCCCCACCGUACCCAGGAGCAUCUAAAAAUGUUCCAGUGUCAUCCGCCUCUCCCCUGUCUCCAAAAUCACCUUCAGUACCAAAAACCCCCUUUUCUCCAAAGUCGGCAGCAGUAUAUCCAACAACUCCUAUAUCUCCGUUUACUCCCGUUUCUUCUUCAGCACCACUCUCUGUUAGCACUGGCUCCCCUGCAGCAUCAAGCCCUUCUUCAAAGAAGCCUGGAAAUAUUCGCUACCAGGAGGUGUGGACGUCUAGCACUAGCCCACGUCAAAAGCUUCCUAAAGUCGAGUUGCCUAGUGGCACAUCAUGUGGGUCAUCAGUUCCGGUCAGGCAUGGCAACCAUAAGUCAGCUCCCACCUCUCCGGCUGCUGGACUCCUGUCCUCACGCACCAUACCCGUGAAGUCGCCUAACCUGUCAGAGAUCAAAUUCAACAGCUACAACAAUGCUGGAAUGCCCCCUUUUCCCAUCAUCAUCCGAGAUGAGCCCACAUAUGCACGCAGUUCAAAGAAUGCCGUAAAAGUACCCAUUGUUAUCAACCCCAGUGCUUAUGACAAUCUGGCCGUGUACAAAAGCUUUCUGGGUGUAAGUGGGGAGCUUCCACAGCCCAAGGCAGGACCAGGUGGCAGAGUAGCCAGCCACACAUAUGAGGAGAUUGGCUCCUCUGAGAGUGCACGGUCCUCACCCACAGAAAGCAAGCCCACCAGAAAGCUUACCUUACCCAGUACUGAGGAAGACACCGAUAUUGCAAGAGAAGGACAAGCUCCAUACAAUGAAAAAGCCAGAUGUACCCUCGACUCCAGUUCAGUAGCGAACAUUUCAGUUACUUUCUCCAGUCCUAGGUCAAAAGCCAUGUCCUCUCCAAACACCGCCCCUAGCAGUCUGACAAAAAGCAGCUCUGUUAACCGAAGUCGUAACCCUAGCGGGGAAGCAGCACUGAUGGAAAGCAACGAGUGCCAGUCUGCCACAAGCACUGGAUCAGCGCACAGGGAAAAGGCCAGCAUGGUCCUGUCUCAGAUAGUAGCUUCCAUUCAGCCACCCCAGUCUCCUCCAGAGUCACCCUCUGCUCAGGGUAAGACUUACAGUGUUGAGGAGCUCUACUCUCUUCCCCCAGAUGCCAACAGGAGCACUCUUACCAGACCUAAGUCCCUCCACUGCCCUACAGACAGUUGCACAUCCAGCAAAGAAACACCAUCCAAGUUUCUGCCCAAGUCUUUAAGUACCUCAGCAGCUGAGCCACCAACAAGUCUAAAAUCUGAAACCAGUGCCCCGUUCCCCCCACCCAGAUCCACGUCAUCCCCUUACCAUGCUACCAACCUGCUUCAGAGGCACUUCAGCAACUGGACCAGACCCUCUGGUUCCAGGCCGAACAAUGGAGACAUCAGCCCUGGGGCAGAGGGCAGGCGCUCAGCUGACAGCAACAGGCCCAAACGUUGGAUCUCUUUCAAAAGCUUCUUCCGCCGGCGGAGAGAUGAGGACGAACAGAAGGCAGAUAAAGAAAAGGAUAAAGGGAAGAUUGUGGGAUUGGACGGUACGGUUAUCACCAUGCUACCUCCUCCUCCUAUCCGAGAGCAGCACUGGUUUUCAGAGUCGAAAACAGACGAUCCCAAUCAGAAACCCACUAUCAUAUUUACCUAUAAGCCUGACAGCGGGACAGGAGGUGAUGGGGAGGCAGAACUCAGGGUUGAGGAGUGUAAUGCCAGUGCAAUGCUUUCUUAUAACCAAUCUGGUCCUCCAAAAAGCAGAGCCAGUCUCCUCAUCAGCAAAGUGAUGAGUCAGGUACCAGUCGAGAGUCAUGACUCACAGAUGCCCACUGCCACCUCUUUGCCAUCCAAGCUAGAACUGUCAGCCGUGAGUGAGAUAGCCAGUUCCUCCACACGCCCAGCGGCACAUCCGCUCUCCCCCAGUGAGGGCAGCGCCAGUCUUGGAGAGCCAGAAGAAGAGGAGGGCAUGCACACCCACUCCCACUCACCUGCUUCCAGUUCCUGCAGCGCCACCUACACUAAUCUAGGUCAGUCCAGGGCCAGUUUAAUCCCCCUAAAGCUUCCCAGACACCCCAAAUCCUCGGAUGACACACUUCACUCUGAUCUGGAAGUUUCAAAUGUGGGCAAUAAAGCCACUCCUCCGCCUCUUCCCAAGAAAUCGGUGCCACAUGCCCAUACAGAACCUUCGCUGACCAGAGAGCCAUUGGCGCAGCACCCAAGAGGCAAAGUCAAGCCCGGUGGUGCCAGCCUGAGCGUUGCCAACCCUCUCUACGACCUGGACUCCACCUGGGACACAGCCAGCCAGAGCUCCUCGAUUAGCUCCGACGCCCGUCAUCACGACGAAUCGGGGGACUCUCUGGAGCGUCCAGUAACUGGUGGUCGGGGCAUGUCCCGUUCAGCCAAAAGCAGUACAGUGCCAGACCGCGAGAGGCGAGGCUGCGACAGCAAAGAGGGCCAAGCAACCAGUAAGCCUCACAAACUUGCUCUCUACAGAGGUCUGGAAAGCUGGGAGGAGGUGGCCGGACGCAUCCGUAGCCUGCACGCUGACACCUUGCGCAAACUGGCAGGCCGUUGCGAGGAUCGCUUCAUGGCCGGACAGAAAGACCAUGUCCGCUUUGGUACAGACAGCUGGUCCCACUUCAGGCUGACCACAGGCAAGCCAUGCUGUGAGGCAGAAGACGCCGUGUAUUACACGGCCUCCUUUGCCAAGGAUCCACUUGUCAACUAUGCUGUAAAGAUCUGCAGGUACAAGGUGAAGGAGACACAGCAGCAGUUUUUCCACAGCCUGACUGUCCGGCAGAGCCUGCCCGUGCACUUUAACAUCCAGCAGGACUGUGGUCACUUCCUGGCAGAUGUUCCAUCCCGACUGCUGCCCUGGGAGGUCGAGGGGGAGAUCGAAGAAGAGACGGAAGAAAUGGAUGAAGAGGAACGAAAGCAGGAGCAGAAGAAAUGGGGAAGCAAAGAGUUGAUUACGGAUGGAAAGAAGGAGGCCGACAAAGGGCUUGCGACCACAGCAUUGCAGGCAGAUGUGGCAUGUCAGGGUGGCAAGCUGCGCAGCCGAGUGGUGGUGAUAACGCGCGAGGUCCCGUUCCAAACGGUAGCCGACUUUGUGCGAGACGGUACAACAAGGCAUGCACGCAACCCAGAGCUGUACGAGAGGCAGGUUUGCCUACUGCUGCUGCAGCUUUGCACAGGCCUGGAGCACAUGAAGCCUUUCCGCGUGGCCCACUGCGACCUGCGCCUGCAGAACCUGCUUCUGGUGCAUUGUCAACCAGGUGACCCUUGGAACUUUGAGCUUCCAGAGCCCAACAACAACACCACAUCUGCCACUUCUUCUGCCUGUCCUGCACGCCUCAUAAUCAGCAACUUCUCUCAAGCAAAGCAGCAUUGCGCCGUGAGGUAUUCCGAGGGUGAUGAGUUCCAGACAGGCCUGCUCAUCUAUGAAAUGCUGCACCAGCCCAACCCAUUGCAGGAGGCACCUGGUCUGAAAGACAGGGAGCACCUGGCACCUCUGCCUAUGCGUUCCCUCUACUCUCAAGGUUUGCAAAGGCUGGCCGUCCUGCUCCUCCACCCUGCCGAGUCGGAGCGCAUUGGCAUCGGCGAGGCUCGUGCCUGCCUGCAGUGUCUGCUUUGGGGGCCACGUGACGACCUUCUGCGCGCCUCACCUCUUCCUGCCCAGCGCCAUGCCGCGUUACAGAACUGGCUGGAUUUGAAGCGUACACUUAUGAUGAUAAAGUUUGCAGAGCGCUCGCUUGAUGCAGGCCAUGGUGGUGGAGGUGGGGUUAGUCUUGAAGACUGGCUGUGCUGCCAGUACUUGGCUUUUGCCACCAUAGACUCCAUCGACAGGGUUGUACGUAUUCUUCAGCAGCUCUGAGCUUUAGUGCUCGU